AGUAGAAUACACGCCGAUAUGAUGGAUGAUAAAAGUGUUGAAUUGAUAAAUUGGUUCAAAGAAGCCGUAGGUACUGAAGAAUGUUCAGUGAAAUUGGAGGGAAUGAAAGAAAAAGGUGACGGUUACAUGUCUGAUAUUAAUUUCGCUAAAAUUACGUUAAACGAGCCAAACCAAAAUGGAAAGGAACUCUACAUGAUCGCCAAAGUGAGCAAAAGUGGUCCGGAAAUGCGAAAGUUCGGGGAAGUUCUGUGUAAAAGAGAAGUAGCCUUUUACAAGGAAGUCGUGCCACUCUUUAAUGAAUUCCAAAUGGAAAAACUCGUAGAUGAGCCGUUUGAGGCGCUUCCCAAAUGCUACAAAACCAUCGUGACCGACCAAACUGAAGUUAUAGUACAAGAGAAUUUGAUGAAAAAGGGAUACAAAUUGCACAACAAAAAAAUACCUAUGAAUAUGAACCACAUAAAAUUGGUAAUGAAAAAUUACGCCAAAUUCCACGCUAUAUCGUUAGCGCUAAGAGAACAGAAACCCGAAGUCAUGGCACCAUUCGAUGAGAGCUUCACAAAUUGGUUCGUGGAACAAAUUGCUAUGUUUGAACCUAUGUACAAAAGUACAGUGGAUAAGAUAAUUGCGAAUUUAAAAGAAAUGGAUAGAAGUGAUCUCGCAAAAAGGUAUGAAAAACUCGUGGAAAGAGGUGUACCCAAUAUGCUUACGGAUCUCAUCAAAGACAUGCCUGAAGAAAGAGUUGUUACACACGCUGAUUGUCAUAAUGGAAACUUCCUUUUUGAGUAUAAGGACAAUGACGAUGAAAACCCAACAAAUGUGGUGAUAAUAGACUUCCAAAUUUCCUUCAUGUUCUCACCCAUUAUAGAUAUAUCAUCAUAUUUGUACUGUGGCGCAUCCAAAGUGGAAUUGGACCAACUGGACUAUAUCCUAAAUUACUAUCACAAGGAACUAUCCUCGUUCCUUUCAAAAUUAGGCAGUAAUGCCGAUGAAAUAUUCCCCGUGGCGACGAUGUGGGAGCAUUGGGAAAAAUACUCUUUCUACGGUUUCAACGUAGCUUCGUCCCUUUUGGAGCUGCUAUUUGUCGAGGCAGACGAUGCUCCGGAUUUCGAAGUUGAAUCGAGUAAGGGCAUGGAAAAAUUUGAUAUUAACGUUAAAGACCGUAAGCCGUAUUUAAAAAGAUUGGUGGAGAUUGUUGAACAUUAUUUGGAUGUUCAUAAUGUACAUUAAAAAUUUCAGUUUCUAAAACUGUGUAUUAAAACAAUUUCACAUUAAAUAAUAAGUUACG